AGCACCACCGUUAUAAAAACAGCCCGGAAGACAUGGAACAGCUCAGUAAAGAGAAACAAGUGUACAUGUGUGAGAAACUGGCGUUGUGUUGGUUUAAAACGUAAAGAGAGAUGCAGUGUCUGUUCAGAUCACAGCAACAGAGGCAGAUGUACAUGGAAGCCCACUGACACAGGAAAGCCGUAGGUUUGCACUUUUCAACCUGCCGAAGAUCACUACAGUUCAAGAUGUCUCAACGAGGGCCUUUAACUGUGGUCAUCACAACAGUACUGGGGGCGACCUUAGGAGGGCUGCUCAUAUGGCGAGUGUACCGUACAAAAAGGAAGAGGCUGCCUUCCAUCCAGAAGGUGGCCGAUCCUGUGGAAGCUCCGUGUCCCGCGGGAAACGAAUUAACAUCCGUAGAGCAUCAAUACGCCCAGCCGCCGCAUCUUCUCGAGAAGGAAUUCAAGGCGGUGGAGUGUCAGACCGCACAGCCGCCCCCUGCUGUACAGAUACCGUCUUAUGAACAGCUGUUGGGGGUGAAACCAGUGAUAGUGAGCUCUGAAGAGGAAUGGCAGCAGCUGUGGCCACUGAUGCAAAAGGAGCUCUCAGUCGUCCCUGUGCUGGGGCUUGACUGUGAAUGGGUAAAGACCAACGGCGUGUCAGUGAAGGGCCGAGCCUCCGCGGUCUCUCUGGUGCAGAUGGCCUCGUAUUCGGGUCUGUGUGUCCUGGUGAGGCUGCUGGCGUUCCGCAGCGGGCAGCAGCAAUUCCCACUCAGUUUAGUGGAAGUCCUCCGUGACCCCCACAUUUUGAAAGUCGGCGUCGGCUGCUAUGAAGACGGCAAGCGUCUGACGCGUGACUACGGUCUGUCGCUGACGUGCACGGUUGACCUGCGAUAUCUGGCCUUACGACAGAGGCAAGCUACUGUAAAUAACGGCCUCAGCCUGAAGUCUCUGGCUGCAGAUCUGUUGAAUGUAUCUUUAGAUAAAUCUCUGGAGCUGCGUUGCAGUGACUGGGAGGCAGAUCAGUUGUCGCUGGAGCAGAUGACUUAUGCUGCCAGAGAUGCCCAAGUUUCCAUCGCUCUGUUCCUCCAUCUCCUCGGCCUCCGCUCUGAAGCCGGUCCCGCCUCUACCAGUGGGAGCUCUUACUCCGAGUUGGCUGCCCACUGCCAGGGGCUGGUGGAUGUGCCCUUCAGGGGCCGAGGAGAUGGAGACGACAGGGCCGCUGAUGGAGAAAGGAGACGAAGGACGCGGAAACCGCCCGUUUAUGAAAGCCCAGAGUCUGGAGAUCAGCAAGUCCCAGACCCUCGAAAGAAUAACAAGAGGAAACCGCUGGGUGUGGGCUAUUCUGCCAGGAAGUCUCCUCUCUACGAUAACUGCUUCCUCCACGCUCCAGAUGGCCAACCUCUGUGUACCUGCGACAAGAAGAAAGCCAAAUGGUACCUAGAUAAAGGAAUAGGAGUGCUCCAGAGUGAAGAUCCUUUUGUUGUGAGGCUGCUGUUUGAGCCGUCAGGACGUCCCGACUCUCAGCAGGACUAUUAUCUCACUGCAAAGGAGAACCUCUGUGUGGUCUGCGGCAAAGCAGAUUCCUAUAUUAGGAAAAACAUCGUGCCACAUGAGUACAGACGGCAUUUCCCCACAGAGAUGAAGGACCACAACUCCCACGACAUCCUGCUGCUCUGCACCAGCUGCCACGCCGCCUCCAACGUGCACGACAGCUUUCUGAAGCAGCAGCUGGCUGAAGAGUUCGCCGCCCCUCAGGGUUGCGAGGAGGGAGUGCGCCUGCUGGAGGACGCGGACCGACGGAAGGUACGCUCAGCGGCUCGGGCUCUGCUAACCGCCGGGGAAGGACUGCCGGAGCAGCGACGAGAGGAGCUGCAGGAUCUGAUCAAAAGUUUCCUCGACAUGAACGAGGAGCAGGAGCUGACGGACGAGGCGCUGCAGCAGGCUGCCAGUCUGGAGACGAGGAUAUUCAACGAGGCGUACGUGCCUCACGGCCUGAAGGUGGUGCACGCUUACGCUGAACAGGGCCUGCGGGGCCUGAUGAACCUGGAGCGGCGCUGGAGACAGCACUUCCUCACCACCAUGCACCCACGCCACCUUCCUCCUCUCUGGUCCGUCGACCACAACCACAGCAAGUUCCUCCGCAAGUAUGGAGAGGACCUGCCCAUCAAACUCAACUGACCGUCGGUCCCCACGCGAAGGACACAAGCAGCUACAGAACGGGACAGGAAGCUUGAUUUCUUCAGCGGCCACUCUCACUUUUUUACAAGCCAAAUUGCUUUUUUUUUUAGGACAGAAGAGAUUGUUGUUCUACCUGUCAGGAUGAAAGCACUGAUCUACCAAAACGAGUCCGAGUUGUCGCCAGCGUGUGGCUGCUGUCAAGUUUUCACUCUGAUGUUAACGAGGCCGUGAUGAGCGCGUACCGGAGCGCCGAGUGAGACGCUGCGAGGUUUCCACCUGGACCCCCGAAUGAAUUCAAGCAGAGAGAGAGAGACUCUCCCCGCGGAGAGGAAAGCCAGCACUGAAUCUGAUAAACACUAACUUCACUAACAACGCCAUGGUGGACGUCAUGUGAUUGCAUAUGGACACUUUUUCUAUUAAGGAAAAUGUAUAAUUAUUUAUGAAAAAAAAAGAUAUUGAAAAUGGAUUUACGAACUGAUUUUUAGAAAAAGCUGCAGCCUGCUCUUAAUUUCCCCCCCUAAAUUUAAUGAAAACUCCCAACACCCCCCCUGCAGGUUAGCAGCUUAUUACCUCUAUCAGUCUGGGAAUAAAUGAUUUGCUUUGCAGAGAGAGGGUCAUUUUAAUAUGACCUUAAAUUAUUUGGCGCUCCCCUCCUGCUUUUGUUUUCAGCCUAUUGUCUGUUUUAAGUCAAUAGAUAAAAGGAUGAGUUUCCCAGACGCAUCUUGAAAUGAGAUUUCAUCUUUGCCCUGUUCCUUUUUUUAGAAGAUGAGCUUCAUGUUGAGGUGCCUUUGGGCCUGAAUGUGUUCGUCCGUCUCAAGGUUUCAGUUUGUUUUUUGCAGCGGGAGACCGAUGCUGACCAAAGUUGGCUCAUUCAGUUGAUCAAAUAAACUCCUGAUGUUGAAACGUCCUGCUGCUGAUUCUCCCGACGGUUUUGGGAAAUCUUCAUGGCUCAUGUUUUAAUGUGCCUCUUAAUCCCCCCCAAAAACCUGAGCGGAGACUCGUCGCAGCGUCUGGACGUGACCUCGUUUCAAUUUACAGCGGUUUCAUCACAACGUCGUUUUUUACAGAAUCCAAACUGCACAGUGGAGGGAAACAAAAAACAAGGUGCCAACUCCUGAGAGUGAUUAUAAUAAUUACCUUUAACACUAAACCCCCCCCUCUCCCUUUGCAAAGCAGACUUGCAUCUUUUGAGUGUGAUAAAUUUAUUUACAGCAUAUGAGACUUUAAAUUAUGAAAACAGCUGCUUUGUCUUUGUUCAUAUUUGCUCAGAUGUAAGCCCCGAAGCUGUCUUUGUUUUCCUAAAUUGUGAAUGAUACAAAUAAUAAAAAAGUCAUGUUUGUAUUAA